AUGGAAGACGACGUCACCUGGGACAUCCAUAUCAAAGACGUCAUGCGCCUCGCAGCAUCCCAUUUGCCAGGUCUUUUGAAUGGAACUGGGCUGCUUGGCCUUAACCCGACGCGAAGCUCCGAGGAACAGGCUCAGGUAGAUCCGUGGCACAGCAACAUGUGGGAUUUGAUUACCUUCGGCCACUGCGCUGACGGCGAUCAGUGGAAAUCAGAGAAGGUCAAAUACGACGAUCCAUACACAAGUGGAGAGCAUGGAGAAUGGCAUGGAGUGGGUGUCAAAGGUGGCCGUCGCAUGUUGCGCAGAGCUGGCGGCAUGGCUUGUACCGGCGCGUAUGCUGUGAGUGCUCGAGGUGCCGCCAAACUUUUGCUGCGAAGUGGAUUUGACCUCAACCUUCCGGUCGACGUGAUUAUGAACGACAUGAUCAAGAGUGAUCAGCUACGAGCGUAUAGCAUUUGGCCUCCACCAGUCGUCCAAUGGCGCUAUCGUGACAAGUUGGGCAUGUGGGGAGCUAUGGGCAGUGAUAUUAGAGUAGAGCACAAGGAUAAAGAUCGCAGUGGCUGGGAAGAUGCUCAUAAGAAUCAUGAUAUCUGGCUACUGAAGGGGGAAACUAAGGGUUUGAAAGAUCCAGCGAUCAAGAGCGCCUGGGGUGUGUUAAUAGGUCAUGAAGAUGACUAG